AUGGCUUCGCUCUUUCCUGCGUCCUUUGUUGACCCUUGGAGAGACCUCAUUGGGGCGCACGAAAAGGAGCAAGCCAAUGACUUUCCGUCUUACAGCUCAACCGCGCUGGAGCCCCUCAUCACCACAAGCACCCCGACAGAGCUCUUCGUCGGAACAGGCCACACCAUCUACGAGCGCGCUCUCCUGCCCGCCAUCCGCAACGCCAAGCGCUCAGUCCAUCUGGUCACCUGCUUCUGGGCCGACUCGCCCACGGCAAACUCGAUCCGCGCGACCCUCUUUGAGCUGGCCGCGUCCCGUGCCAGCCAGAGUGACCUGCCAACGCUCCACAUCACCAUCGGCUUCUCGUCUCGCGGACUGUUCCAAAAGCUAUUCCACACCUCUUCGAGAGAUGGCCACGUAUAUCCGCCGUCCGAGUGGAAGGCGCUGAAGCUGCCAGACCAGCAGACGUUAAGAAGCGGGUCGAUCGAAUUGACUGUCAAGACGCUCUUUUUCUCGCCCAUCAGCGUGAUGCACCCCAAGUAUCUCAUUGUCGACGAUACCGUGGCCUGGGUUCCUAGCUGUAAUAUCAGCUGGGAGAAGUGGUUCGAAGGAUGUGUUGAGCUGCGUGGCGGCGCAGUAAAUUCUCUCCUAUCCUUCCAUGAGCGCGUCUGGGGAUUGGGGACAAGCCAGGGUGCAACGGCCUUUAGCGAUGACGCGCAGCCAAUUGACGACCCAGCGGAGCAACCAACAGACAGCUCUCUUACUGGAAAUACGAAUGCAUCCCGCAUUGGCUCUGCUGAUGACUUGUCUCCGACUCAGUCAGUGAAGCUUGCGCUGGGGUCGACUCCUACGAUUCUUCUUCCAUCAUCCCAUCAUCGAAAUCCCGGCUUCAGUUGGAUCCCAUUUCUGAGGAAACCGAACCCACCAAUGACGCCCCUGAACGCUGCGCUUCUGACCUUGUUCGCCAACGCGCAGACAAGCAUUGUGCUAGUGACCCCAAACGUCACGGCCAAGCCGGUGAUCAACGCAAUACUGGCCGCGCUCGUUCGCGGUGUGUCUGUCGAAAUCAGGACGAACGAAUCCAUGAUGCUCAUCGAGCAGCUCAUCACAUGCGGAACCACCACCAGUCGCUGCAUGAACAAGCUGAUGAAGGAAUACUCGCGACUGGCCCUCGCACACGCCCGUCGCGCCCAGUCCGACCUCGAGGCCCAGCCCCAUCCUCUUGGACAGCUACAAAUAUUCUACUAUCAACACCGCUGGGAAAGAGAGGGCGAGGCAGACGAGCCGGUCGUCAGCCAUUUCAAGAUGACAAUGGUGGACGACAGAUACCUCGUGCUGGGCUCGGGCAACAUGGAUAGGGCAAGCUGGUGGACGAGCCAAGAGCUAGGGAUACUGUUUUAUGUUCCUGGGUUCAGCGAGAAGGUACUUUGGGAGAGGGCUUUGCGUUGCCGCGGGCGGCGCGCAUUCCCACCAGCAUAA